AUGGAAGAUCUUCUUCUCCAAUUUCAACCAAUCCUAGCCAUUUUUGCCCUAAUCUUCCUCUACCAACUAUGGAGAGGAACAAGGUCUCUUAAACCCCAAACAGCCCCUGAACCAUCUGGUGCCUUACCCAUCAUUGGUCACCUUCAUCUACUAAGGGGUCAAGUGCCCUUGGCCCGGACACUCAGUACCAUCGCUGACAAGAAUGGCCCGGCCGUUACACUUCGUCUAGGCGUGCAUCGAGCCCUUCUCAUCAGUGGACGUGAGGUGAUCAAAGAGUGUUUCACUACUCAAGACAAGGUCUUAGCCACACGCCCACCAGUGGCAGCAGGGAAGUAUUUGCGCUACAACUAUGCUGUCUUUGGGUUUGCACCACAAGGGCCUUAUUGGCGUGAGCUUAAGAAGAUAAGCUCUCUUGAGCUUCUCUCCAAAACAAGGCUUGACAUGCUUAAGCACGUAAGAAUCAAAGAAGUAGAUACAUGGAUCAAAGAGUUGUAUUCUUAUUGGGCCGAGAUGAACAAAGAUGGAGGCCCAGUUAUUGUUGAGAUGAAUAAAUGGUUUCGUGGCUUAACUUUCAAUACCAUCACCAAACUCAUUGCUGGGAAACGAUUUUUUGGAAGUACAGAUGUUGCCGAAGAUGAUGAAGAAGCUCGAAAAUUCGAGAAAGGUCUCGAAGAACUCGCACGUUUAACUGUGAUCUUCAUUGUAUCGGAUGCAUUGCCUUAUCUUGAAUGGAUGGAUUUGCAAGGACACCUGAGAGACAUGAAAUGUGUAGCUAAGGAAAUGGAUUGUCUAAUUGGGAAUUGGUUGGAAGAACACAAGAAGAAGAAGAAACUCACAGGUGAUCAUGAACAGGACUUUAUGGAUGUGAUGAUAUCAAGCUUUCCUGAUCAGGAUAAGUUAAUAUAUGGUUAUGAUCGUGAUACUGUCAUCAAGGCAACUGUACUGACGCUUAUUGUAGGUGGCUCCGAGACUACGUUCCUCUCCUUAACAUGGUCGCUUGCCUUACUAUUAAACCAUCCCCAUGAGUUAAAAAGGGCCCAAGAUGAGUUGGAUAUCCAUGUUGGCAAAGACAGACAUGUGGACGAGUCAGAUAUAAAGAACCUUGUGUACCUCCAAGAAAUUGUAAAGGAAACAUUACGCCUAUACCCACCUGGACCCGUAUUGCCACGUCAAGCCAUGGAAGAUUGCCAAUUGGGUGGGUAUCAUGUUCCAAAAGGUACACGUUUGCUUGUGAACAUAUGGAAACUACAUAGAGACCCUAACAUGUGGUCAGACCCUAAUGAGUUUCGGCCUGAGAGAUUUCUCACAACCCAUGCUGAUUUAGACUUCAGGGCUCAACAAUAUGAGUAUAUCCCGUUCAGUGCAGGUAGACGGCCAUGCCCUGGUAUUGCCUUGGCUACACAAGUCUUUCACUUGGCCCUUGCUCGUGUUCUUCAUGGGUUCGAUGUGAUGAACCCCUUGCCUGAACCAGUGGACAUGACUGAAGGUGUAAGCAUCACCUUACCGAAAGCAACCCCUCUUCAAGUUCUUCUCACCCCACGUCUUCCUUCUAACAUGUAUGAAGGCUAGA